AUGUGCCGAUUACAACGGAAGUGUGUGUGUACUGCAUGCCAACAAAACCAUCACAUUGAAAACUGUGGAUGUGUUUUUAAUGACAAAAAGUGUGUUAUUCAAAACAAAGAGAUUUGCAUUUUGUGUAAAAACAAAAUAACUAUUAAUGGGAAGUGUGUUUCAACUGAUUCAAUUAAUUGUAAAGAAUUUGUUGAUAAUGUAUGUAAACAAUGUGAAGAAGAUCAUUACAAAGAUACAACUGGGUGUUUGCCAAAACAAGACAAAUACAAAGACUGUGAGUACGUAAGUGUUGUAAUGUUGUUGUGUUUGGAGUGCAAUAAAUCCAAUGUUCUUGUAGACAUUUCAUGUGUUUCCAGUGAUGAUGAUAACAACACUGUAAAUUUACUUAAUAUUCAAACAAUGAGUAAAACAACAACAGACAACUGCAUAUUAAGAAGUUCAAAAGGGUGUUUGCGAUGUAGUGAUGGGUAUUACAGAACACCAAACAACAACACUAAGCUGUGCAACCCACAAAAAGAAUUGAACAACUGUUUGAACAAAACAACAAGUGGUUGCACACUAUGUGUAAAUGGAUUUGCACCGAAAGACAAUUUGUGUUACAAAUGUGGUGAAAAUUGCACAUAUUGUGAUGCCACUUUUGAGUGUUCAAAAUGUGAUGAUAACAACAUUUUAAGAAACGGAGUGUGUGUUCACUUUUCACAAAUACUAAACUGCAUUUCAUCACAGAACUCCUUGUGUUGGGAGUGUGCAGAUGGCUUUAAGUUGAGUGACGACAAAAUAGAGUGUUUUGCAAACACGAAUUGUGGGUUGGUUGUUGGUAUUGAGGUUGUUUGUGUUGUUGUGAUGGUUGUUGUAGUUAUUGCAACGGUGAUCAUUGUUGUUCUGAUUGUGUUUAAAAAGAAAGACAACAAACACACCGAAAAUAUUUGUGUUUUCAAGAUGAGUCGUUCCAAUAUCACGAUGACUAAACUUGAAAGCGACAUUCUAUCAAACAAAAAUGAAAUUUCAUUUGGUGAUGAAAGUGACAAAAUACAAAUUGGAAGUGAAGGUCGUGAAUUGUUGUGUGUUGGCAACUCGUCUAAAAGUAACAUGAAAAUUCAAAUCACAACAAAAGACAAAUGUGACAAAUACAAAAUUCGCACAGAACCACAAAUUGUGACUUUGAAAAGCGGAUUUGCAUGCGAAUUUGAAAAAACUCG